CGAAGUCAGCCCACACUCAACAUGACUGAAAUUCAAUACUGUCUAGACCACGUGACUGCAAAAUAACAGUUUACGGUAUAGUUUUCAGUAAGAGAUGUCACUUUUUAGGUGGCCGAUUAGCCAAAUUAUAAUCCUACUUCAAAUCUCAACUCUGAGGAAUAUUGACAGAGGGAUUUUACCUGUCAGUAUUCUGCAUCGUAUUUAUUCUUUGUUAAUUGCACCAAGGACGGUCUGUCUGCGUGGUAACUUUUCCUUAUUGCUGACAAAAUGCUUUGGUUCAUGGAGGGAAUAUGCUUUUUACCAUUUUUUUUGGUAAUCUGGUCAUCUAGCACGUUUAUUGUUUCCUACCUAAUUGCAUUGUUCGAGCAUGAUGUGGAUGUUAUCUUCCCGUAUAUAAGUGACACUGGGGCUAAACCCCCAGAGAGCUGUAUCUUUGGCUUGAUGACGGUCAUCACUGCAUUUGCAAGUAUGGCCACCAUGUAUGCCAGAUACAAGUAUGUGGAGAAGCUCAAUGAGAAGGCAGGUGGUGUGCCCCUAGUGCUGAACCAGGCUGCUUUAUGGAUUGGAACGCUUUCUUGUUUGGGGAUGUGUUUUGUCGCUACUUUCCAGGAGACAACGAUUACGGCAGUUCAUGAUGCAGGUGCAUUACUCUUCUUCGUUUCUGGUGUGUUGUACACCAUCCUCCAGUCCAUUAUAUCCUAUAAGGCCUUCCCCUAUGGGUGUUCCAUGGCCUUGUGCCAUGUGCGCACAGGAAUUGCAACUAUCGCCUUCCUGGCAGUUUUCCCCACUGUUGUCUGUGCUGUCUUUGUGACACAAACCACACUGCAUAGAAAAACAGAAGACGAGGUACAGUAUGAGCACAUGUUUACCAAGAACACCACUCACGUAACAACCAAGAUGGACGAUAUUCUGGAUCCAUAUAGGCUUGAUAGGCCAGAGAAGCUAUACGUGUCAAUAUCAGUCUCUAUCCGACUCUCCCUGUCAUUACAGGACAAUGUGUUCCAUCUGGUGAGUGCUGUGAGUGAGUGGAUCGUGGCCUUCAGCUUCAUCUUCUUCUUCUUCACCUACAUCCACGACUUUAAAAAGUUUACUCUGCAGCUGAGAACACAGUUUGUGGACUAUUCCUGAUGAAGCAUUUAUUUGAACCUUUUAAUCUGAAUAUUUACAAAAUCAAGUGUAUUUUUUCUACUUUUAUAAAGCAAAUGUAUAUGAGAUUAUCUGAAUGGUAUGAUGUAUUUCUUCAUACGGUAUCCAUUGCAACAUAACCCCAGUCUUAACGGUUAACCACAAAACAAACAUAUCCUGUGACCAGCAAUUAGAGAAGUUGUUGGGUUAAUGAAAGAGUUAACACAUUGUUCAUCAUCUGGUGGGACAAAGGUCAGUAUUGCGCAAACAAGAUCAAGUUAAUAUAGAAACUUAAUUCCACCCAUCACCAGUAAAUGGAUAGAGGCUGUAUGUACUCUUACCUACUCCAAGGUUAAUCGUUUGAUACUACUAUAUAAAUAUUUUUCUAGUUUUUUUGGCUCAAGAAAAACUCUUGUUUCUCAGGGUAUUGAGGAGGCAUAUCUAUGGUAUACCAUUGUAAUAAAGUAACUCAAAAUACA